CGCUUCCGGUGCCCUUUCUGCUGGACCCCUGUGGGCGGCCUAGCCUCGUGGGACAGAACACCAUGGCCCAGAACCUGAAGGACCUGGCGGGCCGCCUGCCCUCCGGGCCCCGGGGCAUGGGCACGGCCCUGAAGCUGCUGCUGGGGGCCGGGGCCCUGGCCUACGGCGUCCGCGAGUCCGUCUUCACAGUGGAGGGCGGGCAGAGGGCCAUCUUCUUCAACCGCAUCGGGGGCGUGCAGCAGGACACCAUCCUGGCCGAGGGGCUCCACUUCAGGAUCCCCUGGUUCCAGUAUCCCAUCAUCUAUGACAUCCGCGCCCGGCCCCGCAAGAUCUCCUCCCCAACCGGCUCCAAAGACCUGCAGAUGGUGAACAUUUCCCUGCGGGUCCUGUCGCGGCCAAACGCCCUGGAGCUGCCCAGCAUGUACCAGCGCCUGGGGCUGGACUACGAGGAGCGGGUACUGCCCUCCAUCGUCAACGAGGUCCUCAAGAGCGUCGUGGCCAAGUUCAACGCCUCCCAACUCAUCACCCAGCGGGCCCAGGUGUCCUUGCUGAUCCGGAGGGAGCUGACGGAGCGAGCCAAGGACUUCAGCCUCAUCCUGGACGACGUGGCCAUCACCGAGCUCAGCUUCAGCCGCGAGUACACGGCCGCCGUGGAGGCCAAGCAAGUGGCCCAGCAAGAGGCCCAGCGCGCUCAGUUUCUGGUGGAGAAGGCCAAGCAGGAGCAGCGGCAGAAGAUCGUGCAGGCCGAGGGGGAGGCCGAGGCCGCCAAGAUGCUCGGGGAGGCCCUGGGCAAGAACCCCGGCUACAUCAAACUGCGCAAGAUCCGGGCUGCGCAGAACAUCUCCAAAACGAUCGCCACGUCACAGAACCGAAUCUACCUGACGGCCGACAACCUCGUGCUGAACCUACAGGACGAGAGUUUCACCCGGGGAAGCGACAGUCUCCUGGUCAAGGGCAAGAAGUGAGUGUGAGAGAAGAGCGUCUCAGGAGCCGCCGGUCCUCGGUGCCCCCCCACCCAACCCCGAGGGCCCCGGGGGGCCCAACCAGCAUCACGUGACUCCCCUGGCGCGCCCUGCCAAUCCCCCCCACUACGUACACGGGACGAAUGAAGUGCCGCUGCCGCCCUGCGCCCUAUCCCCCGGUGGAGGGUGGGACCCCCCCGAGUUGGGUGGGUGAGGACCACAUGUGAUUUCUCUGAUGUGCUGGCCGGCUCCCUCCUUCCUCUCCUCCCCUGGGACGGGAGGCAGCAGCCUGCGGUUAUCAAUAAAUUUUUAUUACUUACACA